AUGGCAAAAGGCGGCGAUUCGAUUGUGGUGGCCGUCAGAGUUCGGCCGUUCAAUGAUCGGGAGAAAACGAGGAAUUGUAAACUGGUGAUUGAGAUGCCUGACGAGCAGACUACAGUAAUCCGGGAUCCGAAAACGGGCGACGAGAAACGAUUCACUUAUGAUCAUUCCUACUGGUCUCAUGAUGGAUUCGACGAGAAAAAGAAUGGAUACUUCGAACCGACUGACCCUCAUUACGCUGAUCAGGUGGAGAGUGUGACGGGAUAGAGAGACAGCUUGGGAGGAUUAUUGUCACUCAUUCAGUUGGUUCAUUUUCAGAAACGAGUCUUCGAAGACCUUGGAAGAGGAGUUCUGGCGAAUGCAUGGGCGGGAUACAAUUGUUCACUGUUCGCCUACGGACAGACUGGAAGUGGAAAGAGUUAUUCGAUUGUUGGAUUCAAGAAUAAUAAAGGAAUUGUGCCAAUCGUCUGCGAGGAGCUAUUCAAGCAGAUUGCGGAGAACAAAAAGAAGAAUAUGCAAUUCGAAGUGUUCGUUUCGAUGAUGGAGAUCUACUGCGAGAAAGUCCGAGAUCUGCUGAGCACAACUCCGCCGCCGAAAGGAGGGCUCAAAGUAAGAGAGCAUCCGAAGAACGGCUUCUACGUGGAGAACUUGACGACUGUGCCAGUGAACAGCUUCAAAGAAAUCGAAGCAAAGAUUGAGGAGGGAACGAAAAACCGAACGAUUGCGGCGACUCAGAUGAACGCGACGAGUAGCAGGUGAGAUAUUCAGAAGAGAAAGAGCAGAAGCGAGCAGGAAUGUAUUCAGAGCACACACAAUUGUGAAGAUCACAUUCAACCAAAAGUCGAGCAAGCAGGCUGGAGGGGCUUCGAUGAAAAAGAGCGAGAUAAACCUGGUUGAUUUGGCCGGAAGUGAGAGGCAAUCGGCCGCGGGGACGGAAGGGGAUCGGCUCAAAGAGGGCAUCGUCAUCAAUCAGUCCCUGACGACACUCGGAAGAGUCAUAAAGGCGCUGCAUGACUCGCAGAAGUCAAAGGGCGGGAAGAAAAUGCAAAUACCGUACAGGGACUCCGUGCUGACCUGUCUUUUGAAGAAUGCGUUAGGAGGAAACAGUAAAACACUUUUGGUAAGUGAGAAGAAAUUGAGAAAACUGGAAAGAACGUUCAGAUUGCUGCCAUUUCGCCCGCCGACAUCAAUUUUGAAGAAACGCUCUCCACACUCAGAUUCGCCGAUCGUGCCAAAUCGAUCCAAACCAACGCGGUUGUAAAUGAGAAUCAGACGGAAAAGGCGCUACGAGAGCUGAGAGAAGAGAACCUCCGACUGCAGGGCCAGAUUCAAGGAGGGACAGCUGGGGACGCGAGCAACGAGGAAAUCGAGAAACUGAGGAGGCAGUUGGCGGAGAAUCAGAAGGAGAUGGAAGAAAUGGAGAAGAGUUGGCAGCAGAAGAUUGCGGAAGAAGCGGCUAAGCACGCGGGAGGCGCCAGCGAGAAGGCGGAGAUGGAGACGAAGAAGAAGAAGAUGUGCCAUCUGUGGAAUCUGAACGAGGAUCCGGCACUCACGAAUGUCAUUGUGCACUUCAUUCCCGCCGGAGAGACUGUAGUUGGUUGGUUGAGAUUGGGAAGAAAGCAAAGAAAAAACGAGAUAAGUUUCAGGUAACAAGCCGACGACUUCUGGAAACUUCAUUCAGAUGAGCGGUCUGUCAAUUCUUCCCCAACACGUCAUUCUGAGAAAUGAGAACAACAACACAAUCACUCUGUCGCCCUGUUCAGAUGUAUUGUAGAAUCCCUUUCUUUCCAACUCAUUUCGUGUUUUCAGGACCUCGAUAUCUUUGUUAACGGAAAACCGGUGCAUGGAGAGACCCAAUUGCAGCAAAAUGAUCGCGUCUUCUUCGGUGGCAACCAUCUUUAUGUUUUCAAUAAUCCGACGAAGAAGGGAGUGAAAACUGAUAUCACUUAUGACACGGCACAGGCGGAAAUAGCACAGAAUCAUGCGGCGGCUCUUGGAAAUCGGACGAUCGGGGGAGGAUCCAAGAGUGAGUCCUUGUUCAUGAUGCACUCAGAUUAAUCCUCUGUUCUCAGGAGACCUGAUACUCGAGGAAGAGCUCAUGUCGACGCUCCCGCUGGUCCAGAGAGCCAAUGCGAUGGCCGCCGAAUUGGGGUAAGUCAAGGUGUUUGACCUGCUAAACUAAACUAAAGUAGUAUUUGAAUACGUGAAUACGCCUUUGCAGACGAAAUGUGAAAUUCGAAAUCGUGUUGGUGUCACCGGAGAUGCGCGGGUUGACAAGUGGGCUGACCGAGGUGGAUGACAUCAAGUUUCCCCUUCAAAUGACUCGUUUUGUAUUAUUCAGAUCUGGAUUAAAGUUCACAACGUCUCCGAAGACACGUACUUUCUUUGGGAGAAGUCGAGAUUCAUGAACAGGUACUACGGGAUGCAGGAGAUGUACGAGGCGAAGCAGGACGGAAGCGAAGAGUGGAACAUGCCGAAGGAGAGAGACCCCUUCUACGAACCGCCCGAUUCGCCCGUCUUCAUCGCCUCCUCCGUCGUUUUCCUUCAAAGUCUCGCGUAUCUCAUUGACGUGGAAGAGCAGUUCCCGAUCGUCGACCUCUCCGGACAAGAGAUGGGACUGCUGACUGUCGGGCUCUCUCCGUGCUCGACAACCGGGAAAGAGCUGCGAGGGGAAUACGUGGAGAAUCCGAACCAACUUGUCGGGAAGAACAUUGCAUUCAAAGUGAAAGUGAUAUCGGCGGUCGGUCUGCCGAGAAGAAUCCUCAAGUCCAGCUGCAAAUACCGAUUUUUCGGCUCAAAAAAGAUGACUCAAACUCCAACAGUCUCGGGGAAUUCGCCUGCUUACGGACACGAGGAGACAUUCCAAUUCAAGCCGGUCACAAAAGACGUCGCCGAUUAUCUAGCCAAUUCCAAUCUAUACAUCACAUUUUGGGGAACACAGAGACCGAGAGGAGCGGUCAGCCGGAAGAACAGCGUGUCGACGAUUGCGAGUGGGACGAGGGAAGCGCCCAACAAGACGGUCAGUCUGGAACUUUCCCGCGUGUUUGAACAAGAAAUGUUGCAGAAACGAGUGGAGAAGAUGGUUCAGCAGGCGAAGUCGGCCGACAACCGAAACAUUUCGGUGAAGGCGUUGGAGACGGUGCUUCGGGGCGGCGAAGACAACGAGAACAGGUGAGAAAUCAACGGCGCGAAACGGCCGAAUCUUCCAAAUUCCAGAAAGGCGCGCAAACAGUCGAUGAAGAAGGCCGGUUCGUCGACGGCGCUCAAAAGUCGGAGCGCCUCCUCGAAGAAGAAACCGAAGGCGAAAUGA